AUGUCUGUGGUGAGAUGGAAUCAAAAUGAGCUCGAUUCGACCCAAGAGAAAGAGUUGAAGUGUGGCCCUCUUCCUCCAACCACCCUUGCUGCCAUUGAAUCCUUAGCAAUACCUCUUGUACAGGAAGUUGUUUUCUUAGCAGAUUUUCGAUGCUCUGGGUGUCAACAGAGGGUGGCUGAGAUCAUGUCUAAAAUGAACGGAGAGACUCAAUCAGUGGUGAUUAGCGUAUUGGAAAAGAAGGUAACAUUGACAUGUACUUAUGAAGUUGCUAACAGAUUGCCUCAAGGAUCUUCUGUGGCUAUCUGUAAUGGGAUUACUAUGGGUGGCAGGGCUGGGAUUUCAAUUCCUGUAUCAGUUCUAACAUAA